ACGAUCCUCAUCAGACACAAUGAUCAAAGGAUGCCAAUUACUUUCUGGUGGUGUGUCAAAGCCAUCAUGGAACCCUCACCACUUUCUGGUGGCCCAUGCCAAGCGAAACCAAGCCAAGCUCACACAAAAACACCACAAGCAAUCAGAGGAAAAUCAAGUGAGACUUCCCAAACUAGCACACACCAAGAAUGAGCAAAACGAACAAAUCAACGUCGUCGUUACCGCCCAAGAAUGCUCCUUCUCUCGAGGUCCUCGCAGUCACAAGCUUUGUGUUGGAGCUUUGGCAUUUUGGCAACUCUCUCCCCGUCAAGAAUCGAUGGGACACAUGGCAUAUUCAUUCCAUGUUGGAUAGCUAUGUGAUUCACACAAUGCUGGGUCUCGUCGUGGCCCGGUAUUUUCGAGCGUGGCAUUGGUGGGAAGCUGUAUUGUUUGCCAUUUCUCGUGUCUUGGUGGAGGGAUUCCUUUCGGCCGAGCACGGUGGCAUGAUGGCUAUCAAAGAUGGUGGUUUGGUGGAGAAGGGAUAUUAUGCGGUUCCAGGGGGGUUGUAUUUGCUGUAUUUCUUGUUGACCAUGGGCAUUUUCUUGAUCCGAGGUCAGGUUCUGCACCCCAUCUUUUUGUUCCUUGGUCUGUGGGCGUAUGUCAUGACGAUUCUGCCUGCUGGCGAGUAUUUGACCUAUGGAACGUCUUGGGGAUACUAUUUGGCUCAUGCGGCCAACUUCAUCACAUUUAACCCAGCCUUGAUUGCACUGAUCACGGGCUACGGAGGCCCUGCAGCUGCAGACUCAUCAGGUUUGUCGCCAUUCAAGAACGUAGCAGAGAAAUCCAUCUGAUCAGCCAAUGGAUAGAAAGGAAUCUGUUUAUAGGUGGAGUGGAUGUAUAUUACCGGUAUAUGUCCUCCUGGCUACGGUACUGCACUGCUAGCUGCUAGAACAAGAAAUGGUGGGGGCAAAGAUAGAGAGCGUUUGUGACUAUGCAUAAUAUGUGAACCUUGGUCUUUCUUGCUUACUCGCCUCCUACCGGUAUGAAAGCAAGUACACUGAAGUGCCAGCCAAUCCGUGCGUUUGUUACUGAGGACGCACUGAUGCAACCCAGGAAACUUGAAUCGACUACUAGCUAGCUAGGUGAGCACGGAAGCAAUACAUCCGAUGGGAAGAGGUCUGACUAAAAGACUGCCACUGUUCCAGCAGGAAGGGAAGAUAGAUAGAGGAGGAUUUGUCUGGACUUUCUGCAACUGUCUUCACUGCGUGCUGUGCUGAAGCACGGUACCUGGUACCGGUAUUAUUAAUAGCUAGCUAGAAACUGGAGCAUAUACAUAAAAUAGUUGAAUUGCUGCUGGAAAUAUCAACCUUUCUUGUCCUCGAUCUAGUGGCUAAUACUGGCAGCUAGCUUGCUUGCAGACACGGAUUGUGUCUGUCUAGCAACCCGAGGACACCACCAAAGCAAAGCAGACGUGUGCUGCACCCAUCACAACAGUCGCGUCACUCCCGCGACAACAAGUAAGUGAGAUCGGCGUUCAUUUCCCCCUUGGCCUGAACAGAAUAAUGGAGACCAGA